AGUCAAUCCACGUUUGAAGAUAAAUGGCCAUGUAUGCGUCCAAUUAUUUUGAAACUACUCAAACAAGAACCGGUAACUCAAGCAGAAUGGCAAGAUUUAUUUUACUCUGUUCAUUUGGUAUGUGUGUGGGAUGAAAAAGGUCCACCUAAGUUAAGGGAUGCACUCAAAGAAGAUAUAAUGGAUUUUAUAAAACAAGCUCAACAGAGGGUUUUAGCACAUCAAGAAGAACAAGCUUUAUUAAAAGCAUAUAUAGCAGAAUGGAGGAAGUUUUUUACUCAGUGUAUUUAUCUACCAACGCCGUUUAGACAAUUAGAAACAAGUCUUGCUGGAAAGACAACUUCCAGCGUUCAAAAAAGGAAUCAACCUGAUGAUAUUGUUAGAAAGUUAAUGUUGGAUAGUUGGAACCAAAGCAUAUUUGGAGAAAUAAAACAGAAACUUCAAGACUCGGCUAUGCGACUUAUACGAGCUGAAAGAAAUGGAGAAGCAUUUGAUUCGCAACUUGUUAUUGGUGUUAGAGAAUCUUAUGUAAAUUUAUGCUCCAAUACAACGGAUCAGCUUCAAAUCUAUAGAGAAAACUUCGAAGCCGCAUAUAUAGAAGCAACAGAAGCGUUUUAUUGGGUUAAAGCACCGGAACAAUUAUCGUUACAUGGUGUCGAGAAUUACAUGCGUUAUGCAGAGGCGAAAUUGAGGGAAGAAGAACUUCGUGCACAGAAAUAUUUAGAACCAAACAGUGCAAGUGUACAACUUUUAACGGAUUGUUGUGUACGUGUUUUAGUAGCAACUUUUAAGCCAGCUAUACUGGCGGAAUGUCCAAGAAUGAUUCAACAUCAUCAAACGGAUCAACUUAGGUUGAUGCUAAAGUUAAUGGAUAGAGUACCCGAGGGUGUUGGUCCAAUGUUAAGAAAUUUAGAAGAACAUAUUGCCAGUGCGGGUCUUGCCGAUAUGAUGGCAGCUGUAGAUGUAAUCACUCAGGAUUCCGAAAAAUACGUUGAAAGACUACUAGAUCUUUUCCGUCGCUUUUCAACCCUCGUUAAAGAAGCGUUUGACGACGAUCCUAGAUUUUUAACAGCCAGAGAUAAAGCUUACAAACUUGUCGUAAACGACGCGACAGUAUUCAAAUUAGAAUUACCGGCUCGCCAAAGCACUGGUAUCGGUACAACAAUUUUAAAUAAUAAACCUAACAACAACAAUAACGGUCAACCGGAAUCGAAGUGCCCAGAACUCCUCGCUAAUUACUGUGAUAUGCUACUUAGGAAGACACCCCUAAGUAAGAAGUUGACUUCCGAUGAAAUUGAAAGCAAGUUAAGGGAUGUAUUGUUAGUGUUAAAGUAUGUUCAGAAUAAGGAUGUAUUCAUGCGCUAUCAUAAGGCUCAUUUAACUCGCCGCUUAAUAUUAGACACAUCUGCGGAUUCUGAGAAAGAGGAGAAUAUGGUAGAAUGGCUUCGUGAAGUCGGAAUGCCUGCCGAUUAUGUUAAUAAAUUAGCUAGAAUGUUCCAAGACAUUAAAGUGUCGCACGAUCUCAAUCAGCAGUUCAAAGAACAGUGUAGAGCUGCUAUUGCGGAUAGUAUAAAUAUUAAGAUAUUAAAUGCAGGUGCAUGGGCUAGAGGCAGUGAACGUGUCACUGUAAGUUUACCGUUACAAUUAGAAGAUUAUAUUCCCGAGGUAGAGGAAUUUUAUAAGAGAAAACAUAGUGGGAGAAAGUUGCAAUGGUACCAUCAUAUGUCUAAUGGCACGAUAACAUUUUCCAACCAAGUGGGACGCUUCGAUGUGGACGUAACAACAUUUCAAAUGGCGGUUUUAUUUGCCUGGAAUCAACGACCGUUUGAAAGAAUAUCUUAUGAAAAUUUACGAUUGGCUACGGAACUUCCUGAUCCUGAACUUAGACGAACGUUAUGGUCCUUGUGUGCUUUUCCAAAACUCAAACGGCAACUUUUAUCGGUAGAACCACAUGCACACAGUCCCAAAGAUUUUGCGAAUGACACGAGAUUCUGGGUGAAUCAAGAAUUCGCCAUUGUAAAAAAUGGAAAAUUACAGAAGAGGGGUAAAAUUAAUUUAAUAGGAAGGCUUCAGUUAUCAACAGAACGAAGUAAAGAGGAAGACAACCAAUCUAUUGUACAACUUAGAAUAUUAAGGGUUCAGGAAGCAAUCAUUAAAAUCUUAAAAAUGCGCAAGAAAAUUAGUAACGCUCAGUUACAAACCGAAUUAGUUGAUAUACUAAAGAAUAUGUUUUUGCCAAGUAAAAAGAUGAUAAAGGAACAAAUCGAAUGGCUUAUUGAACACGAAUAUAUUCGCAGACACGACGACGACAUUAACACUUUUGUGUAUGUGGCAUAA